CUCUAAAGAACUACUAUCGCGCUACAGCUGUGCUCUGGCAAAUUGCUAAAAGUUUUUCUAUAUAGCCGCAGCCGCCGACGCAAACAGAAGCAAGGAAAAGAGGAAAACGGCUAACAAAGAGCGAAAACCAAAAAUUUUUGUACUUUUUUAAAAAUAAUAACAACAAAGCCAUAAUAUGACUGAUUUGCGCAAUGAGAUAGACAGCGAUCUGGAUCAGAACUACUCACUGAACAGCAAUGCGGAUCCAAAGAAUAUGCAGGAGCUAACAAUUUACGUACAAAAUCUGUUGCAGAAUGUGCAAGACAAAUUUCAAACGAUGUCAGAUCAAAUAAUCACACGUAUCGAUGACAUGGGCAAUCGGAUCGAUGAUCUGGAAAAGAGCAUUGCGGAUCUGAUGAAUCAGGCGGGUGUCGAGGGAGCGGCACCGGAGAAAUGAGUGAAUCCAAGAUAUCAGUGCCCAGUGCCACGCCCACAUUUAAGGCAUGCAGCACCACAAUCACAUAUACAUCGAACAUCUACACAACAUACUACAUAUACACACGUACACAUUUACUCUCACACUUUUGUAACAAUUCCAAAAUCUCACAUUCAUUCACACCCAUGCAAUUGCUCCCCAAAUGUAUCCAAGCCACAUUUUGCUCAUUUCCUAUUUUUUGCAUAGUUUUAAGUUAAUGUCAAAAUUUAAGUUAAGUGCAUUUUGGAAAGUUUCAUUGUUAGGCAAUAAUUUGAAAUUUUUGCCGAUACACGUUUUUUAUUAUAAUUAAAAAUCAAGAAUUGUACACACUAAAAA